ACACCACAUUCUCAAGGUAGUCUCAGUGUGUCCUAUAGUCUCGAGAUGUACGCGGUCGUGGUACUUACAGGGCUGAUGGUGGUGGCGGUUACGGGGGAGACGUACACCACCAAGUUCGACAACGUCGAUCUCGAAAACAUCCUCAAAAAUGACCGCCUUUUCCUCAACUACUUCAACUGCAUCAUGGAUAAGGGGAAGUGCUCUCCAGAUGGCGAGGAACUGAAAAAGCACAUCCCCGAAGCCCUGGAGAACGCGUGCGCCAAGUGCAGUGAGAAGCAGAAACAAGGCGGGGAGAAGGUGCUGAAGUACAUGUACGAGAAGAAGCCCGAUUUGUUCCGACAACUGGAGGAGAAGUUCGACCCUGAGGGCAAGUACAGGGUCAAGUACCGCAAACUUGCCCAGGAGAGGGGAUACAAGGUUUAAUCUACCAUAAGUGACUUUUUACAAGAAACAAUCAUUGUUGAUCAUGAGUAGUGAUAGUAAAGAUGUAUUGUUA